AUGUCGGAACGCUCCAGUGUGUAUUCCGAAAUGCCCAUGCAGAAGCUCACCGUUACCAAUCCAGACCUGGAUGCAAUCUCUUUGAGAACUCCUGAAAAUAGGCAGCUUCCACGAGAUGACAGUCCCCACAGUAGCUCUAGUCACCACAGCUCGUCGCCAACUGUUCCCAAACAUAGCUUCACUGACCAUUGGAAUAGAAGAGUCUCCAAUCUUUCCAAUGCCCCAGGUAAUAGGUCAUCCAUGAUGUCUGAAUAUUCAGGCAUUGUGCAGCACGUUGACAUCGAUACCGUGAAAUAUGUGGUGGACAGAGACUCCGACACGUCCACCACUGUUCCUUCAGAAAGACUCUCGGAAGUGAAGAAAGUCAACGGCUCAAAAAUUCAACACUCUUCGGGAGCGAAAGACCUCUCUGGUUUCUUGAAAGAAACGUCUCCGGUGAUGGAAGAAGACGAUAAAGAGAGUAUCAAAAAACCCCAGAUCAUCCCAGUUGCCCGCCCAUCCGAAUUGCUCAGCGAUGGGUUCCCACGCGUGCCAGAUAAAGAACAGUACACUCAAUUGAAUUUAACCAUUCCAGCAAGAUCUCCAAGGCGGCCUCUAUCUGGAGGCUUUCACUCAAUCGAUAAGAUUUCCAGCAAGCCUGGACGUCCCUCGAUGGACUCAAGCUCCUCAGGAAGAUCUAGCGGCCGCGCCAGUGGAAAAUUCGACGACAUCAUGAAGGAGUUUGAGGAUCUUCGGAGCGAAAUUGAGGCAGAGGCCGAUCAAGAACAAAACAGCCAAAAAUUCGGCAUACCUCCUUUCAAUAUUCACCGAUACUCGCCCUCGCAGGCCACCAGCGUCCGCACAGGCGCAGAUUCUUUCCACACAGCCAGAUCUAUCAGUGAAAGCGAGGAUGAUAACGAGAAAGAGGAGACGGAGCCAUUGAGGAAAGUCAAUUCUGGCUCUACCGUUUCGGAGGAAUCUAUAUUCGACCAGACUGCCAGGGAACAAAAGCUGGAAGGUACAGAAGGUGUCCCAGAAGAUGACUAUGAAGACAUCGAAGACCCGCAGGAAAAGCCCGUGCCGCGAGCCUCAACUAAAACGAAAAAGCGCGCAAAAAGACCAAAGUCUAGAAUUAAAUCGUUUUCCUAUGAUACACUAGCACGUCUCCUGAAUGCAACUGAUGGAAUUGUUAUUGGUCAGGAGUUCGCCGAUCUCGAUAUUCCUGCUGACGAGAAAUAUCUCAUCGAGCAGGUUGUCGAUUCCCUGUCCAGACUAACUGCUAACAUGAUGCUCAAUCCAAACCAUUACCAGCAGGGAUGCGAGCGCUUGGAACGAGUUUUGGGAGCUCUAGAAGGCUUUGACUAA